AUGAUGGGGAAAUAUUAUCCCAGUAUCAGCGGUCUUAUGUUGUCGCUACUGGUCACCAACGCACAGUUUGCCCUCGGUGGACCGCCUGUGGACGGAACCAUCGUCAACGAGUAUCCAAGGUUAAUCGACCUUAGCGAGUACGCAGCGGCGUACAACGUUAGCGAGUACCGACCGUAUUAUAAUUUUACCGGUUCAUUUCGAAACCGAACGUACAUCUACGAAACUAACAACGGAACUCACAACGGAAUGGCCGAUAUCUUUAGCCAGCCAAUCAGCCGAGCGCCCCCACUGGCCGUGUUCCCCAGAAACGGUACCCACCCGGUUUCCCGAGACAACGUCCUAGAUGAUCCGAGCCAUCCGGUCGGGACAAAUCUUUUCUACACCAACCUGUUGAUCGCGACGCAGCAUGAGCCGACGUGGACCCUCCCAUACUUUUUACGUUACGUGAAUGAGUACGGUUGGCUUGGAAUGAUAGUUUCGCAUCCCUCCGCUGAACAUGUAACCCUCGGCCCGAAUCCCAAUGCGGACCCUGUUCAGUAUUACAUCAACUCGCCCAGCCACCGGUACUUCGUCUUCGGGGCCAAGGAGUUCAAGAACGGAACCGCGUCCAUCACUGCCGAUUCGACUGAAAAGCUAAGUGUCAACCUCAACAUCCACGAGGACAGAGCCAAGUACGGCAACGAAUCCCACAAGAUCACCUUCCCUCUGGUCCAGGGAAUGGGACUCGUCACCGCUCGGUACGACAACUUGGUGCCGACCGUCAGGUCCGCAGUUAUCUUUAGGGAGGUCACCGAAUACGCCGAGACCCCACGUCCUGGCAUGCAAAAGUUCAGGAUCGCGAUGGAAGGCUUCACCGAGUGGUUCCUCUAUGCAUGGGCCGAUCCGGGCUCUCCUAAGCUCACCAUAGUUCCCAAGUCCGCUGGAGGUAUAUACCUCACCGCCCCGGGACCGUAUAGCGGCUACAUGCAGGUAGCCAAGGUCCCGACCGAUUCGAAGGACAUUUUCUCGGUCAUCCCAAAGAUCGAGGAGGAUCUGAUCGAUUCUGCUGCUGGUGCUUUCCCGGUAGCCGCCAGGCUCAGCGGCUCGGUCAAUGGGACCGUCGGGUCCUAUGGCUUCACCUGGGCCAAACAAGGCACCAACAAAGCCGGUAAGCUGUUGAUGUUCGCCUUGAAGCAUCAUAUGGAUUCGUUCGAUAAUGCCACGCGUGCUGGAGCAACCGCAUUGAAGAUUCGCUCCCCGACAAAGGGAAUGAUGACUGGCAUCUUUGGAAACUCCUGGAACCUUGUAGAAAGAGACCUUCCGGUCGACCUCAAAUGGCUCCCCAAUCGAGAUACCAUGCCUCCCGUUGUGAGUCAAGCAGUCGCACAAGCCGCUUCCAAGGAGCUGCAAGCGAACAUGUCUGCCGCCACCGACCUUGACUCGAUGUACUUUGCUGGUAAAAGUAUUGGAAAGUUCUCACAGAUCGUUAUGCUUGCGGCCAUGGUGGGGACGAUGCCCGAACUCGCGGCCCAAGGAAUCAGAGACAUCAAGGAGGCCGUCUCUAGGUUCACUCAAAACAAACAGAAGCAUCCGCUCGUCUACGACACCAAGUGGAAGGGUCUCAUUUCGUCGUCGAUUUGGGCGACUGGCGAUCCUGGCGUGGACUUUGGCAACUCUCACUACAACGAUCACCAAUUCCAUUACGGAUAUUUCAUCCUUGGCGCUGCUUGCAUCGUCAGAGCCGAAAACAUCAUGUACGGUCGCUCGCAGUUCCUCGAGCAGAACAGAGACUGGGUGAACAGCCUUGUCAGAGACGUCGCUAAUCCUAGCGCUCUGGACCCCUAUUUUCCUGUGUCCCGAGCUUUUGAUUGGUAUCACGGGCACUCGUGGGCGAAGGGCCUGUUUCCGAGCGGUGAUGGCAAAGACGAGGAGUCCUCGUCUGAGGACUACAACUUUGCCUGGGCCAUGAAGAUGUGGGGAAUGGUUAGCGGCGACGCCGCAAUGGAAGCCCGAGGGACAUUGAUGCUGGGUGUAAUGCACAGGUCGAUCAACGAGUACAUGUACAUCAUGCCAUCCAACACCACACACCCGGCAGCAUUCAUCGGGAACAGGGUCACGGGAAUUCUCUUUGAGAACAAGGUUGACUGCGUAACUUAUUUCGGCAUGAACCCGGAGUACAUCCACGGAAUCCACAUGCUUCCGUUCACCCCCGUUCUGCCGUACAUGCGGUCACCCGAAUAUGUCAAGCUCGAGUGGGACUCGUUCUUCUCCGACGGCCGUUACCUUAAGGCGGAUGGGGGAUGGAAGGCCGUUCUCAUGGCCAACUACGCUAUUGUCGACCCGCAGGCCGCCUGGGAUUACUUCACUACGCAUUAUUUCGGUCCCCCUGACUUGGACAACGGUGCAUCGUUGAGUUGGUAUCUGGCGGUUAUAGGAAAUAUGCUCUAUGCACAGGUCUAA